CGCUCUUCUCAACCGGUAAACAGCUGCUGCGUCACAUCCGCUUCGCUUUUAGGGAGGAAACCCGCAAUAAAACGUCUCAUUUGAGAUGAAAGAUGGUAUCAAACUGUUGUUUCAGCGCCGAAAUCUAAAUAGUAGUGUAAACGCUCAUUUAAACCGUUUUGUAACGUCUCCUUCGGGCGGUUCCGUAACCUCCGCACGAACAAAGCCGAGUGACUUUCCCACAGCUGCUCGGGCGGCACGUGAGCGCGGCUUCGCCCCCUGAUUGGCUCGGUCAGCAGCGUCACUUCAAAGAGCCGAGGCUCGCGCUGCGCUGCUAUUGGCCGGCUGCGUUCUGGCGCCAGUAUUUCAAUAAGAGAGGCUCGCGGACACCAGAACCCGCUUCAGUCCGCGCGCCUCGUCUUCGUGCCCGCUGCUCUCCGGUCUAAAGUCUUUAUUCUCUCCGGUCUAAAGUCUUUAAACUUUUAUUAUCUCCGGUUUUAACCCUUUAUUCUCUCCGGUUUAAAGUCUUUAAACUCUUUAUUCUCUCCGGUUUAAACUCUUUAUUCUCUCCGGUUUAAAGUCUUUAUUCUCUCCGGUCUAAAGUCUUUAUUCUCACCGGUUUAAACUCUUUAUUCUCUCCGGUUUAAAGUCUUUAUUCUCUCCGGUCUAAAGUCUUUAUUCUCUCCGGUUUAAACUCUUUAUUCUCUCCGGUUUAAAGUCUUUAAACUCUUUAUUCUCUCCGGUUUAAACUCUUUAAACUCUUUAUUCUCUCCGGUUUAAACUCUUUAAACUCUUUAUUCUCUCCGGUUUAAAGUCUUUAAACUCUUUAUUCUCUCCGGUUUAAACUCUUUAUUCUCUCCGGUUUAAAGUCUUUAAACUCUUUAUUCUCUCCGGUUUAAACUCUUUAAACUCUUUAUUCUCUCCGGUUUAAACUCUUUAAACUCUUUAUUCUCUCCGGUUUAAAGUCUUUAAACUCUUUAUUCUCUCCGGUUUUAAACUCUUUAUUCUCUCCGGUUUUAAACUCUUUAUUCUCUCCGGUUUAAAGUCUUUAAACUCUUUAUUCUCUCCGGUUUAAAGUCUUUAAACUCUUUAUUCUCUCCGGUUUAAACUCUUUAUUCUCUCCGGUUUAAACUCUUUAUUCUCUCCGGUUUAAAGUCUUUAAACUCGUCUCCACGAUGCUUUCUCCGCGCGCUCCUCUCUCGGUGAAGCACGAGCCGUCCCUCCGCGGGCAGAUGGCCAACAUGGCGCUGGACAAGGAGAACACGCCGCCGAGUCUCAACACGAGCCGCAUCUUGGCGUCUAAAACCGCGCGGAAGAUCUUCUCCGAGGUUCCGAAGACCAGCGCUGAGGAAGAGGAGCCGCUGCUGAAGAACAACCCUCGUCGCUUCGUCAUCUUCCCCAUCAAGUACCACGACAUCUGGCAGAUGUACAAGAAGGCCGAGGCCUCCUUCUGGACCGCGGAGGAGGUGGACCUGUCCAAGGACCUGCAGCACUGGGAGUCUCUGAGGGACGAGGAGCGCUUCUUCAUCUCUCACGUGUUGGCCUUCUUUGCAGCCAGCGACGGCAUCGUCAACGAGAACCUGGUGGAGCGCUUCACACAGGAAGUGCAGGUGACGGAGGCCAGGUGUUUCUACGGGUUCCAGAUCGCCAUGGAGAACAUCCACUCUGAGAUGUACAGCCUCCUCAUCAACACCUACAUCAGGGAGCCCAAAGAGAGAGAAUACCUGUUCAACGCCAUCGAGACUCUGCCGUGUGUAAAGAAGAAGGCCGACUGGGCGAUCCACUGGAUCGGCGACAAAGACGCCAACUUCGGAGAGCGCGUGGUGGCCUUUGCUGCUGUGGAGGGAAUCUUCUUCUCUGGUUCCUUUGCCUCCAUCUUCUGGCUGAAGAAGAGAGGCCUGAUGCCCGGCCUGACCUUCUCCAACGAGCUCAUCAGCCGAGACGAGGGUCUGCACUGUGACUUUGCGUGUCUGAUGUUCAAACAUCUGGUGAACAAGCCGUCGGCAGAGAAGGUCACCAAGAUCAUCAAGAACGCCGUCGCCAUCGAGCAGGAGUUCCUGACGGAGGCUCUGCCGGUGAAGCUGAUCGGGAUGAACGGCGAGCUGAUGAAGCAGUACAUCGAGUUCGUGGCCGACAGGCUGAUGCUGGAGCUGGGCUUCACCAAGAUCUACCGGGCGGAGAACCCCUUUGACUUCAUGGAGACCAUCUCUCUGGAGGGGAAGACCAACUUCUUUGAGAAGCGCGUGGGAGAGUACCAGAGGAUGGGCGUGAUGUCGGGAGCCUCGGACAACACCUUCAGGCUGGACGCCGACUUCUGAGGACGCUCAAAAUGCACUAAUUCAACCCAGUGGCGCUUUUACCCCGUUGCAUGCUGGGAAAUGGCAGAUUGCAGCGUCAUCGUGAUGAACUUAAACUCCCACCGCAGAUUUGAGUCUGCGGCCAUUUUGUUUUUGUAAAUACUAAUGUUUCCUCUUUUGUGAUUGAGAUGUAUUUAUUAGUACUUUUAGAUCGGAGUGGUGGAGCGCUUUGUCAAAUGUGUACAGAUGUUUUAUUUGGUUUUGUAUUAAAAGUUAUAUAAACAUAAUUCUGAGGGCGGAGCCACACCUGCUGACAGAUGGUUAAAAUAAUAAAGUAAAUAGCUUCUCAGCCAAUCUGACCCCAGACCAGCUGUUCUGAAGAACUGGUUUUUAAAAAUGUACGUGUGUGUGUAUAUAUAUUAUUUUGUACAGUUGCAUUUGUUUUUUGUAAUAAAUACUUUGAAAAUGUAAUCUUAUUUGAAAGCAGUUUGAUCAGAAAUUAUCGCUUGAUGAAUAUAUAAUGUGUGUUUUUAUGUUUGGAAGAAUGAUUAAAAUCUAUUUAGUGAGCUUUUAAA